UCUUAAAUCUUUCUAAAACACUUUCCGUGAAACAUAGUUUUUUCAGUAAACCUACUUUUAAUGCAUAAAUGAAUCUCAAUUACAGAUGGUAUGUUCAAAGGAAUAUACAACGGCAAGAAAUACCAUGUGGCAGAUAUUGUUGCAGUACUCAGCAGGGCUCGGAGCGCCGGUGUUGAUCGAAUUAUUGUUACUGGUGGAUUUCUAGAGGAAUCAAAAGAAGCUCUUGCUAUUGCUGAAACUGAUGCAAGACUUUUUUGCAUGGUUGAUGUGCACCCAACAAGAUGCAAAGAAUUUGAUGAGAGUGGGGAUCCCGAAAAGCAUUUUCAGUCUCUUCUCUCAUUGACUAAAGAGGGGGUUGAGAAAGGAAAAGGUGGCAGCAAUUGGUGAAUGUGGACUGGACUAUGACAGGCUUCAUUGCUAAAAGAAUCCAAUGCCAGAUGAUUUGGGGAAGCGUAGGGGAAUCCAAUGCCAUAAACAUUGCUAAAAGAAUUGGCUUUGAUGAGAAGAUAAUUAACUGUGCCCAAGCAUGGAUAAACAAGUUGACCCCACAGAAGGUACAGAUGCAGAAAGAUUUGCUGCACCAGUGACUAAUGGAAGAAAGAAGUAGAUUAGAAAUUCAAGCAAAUAAAGCUGCAUCUCUUCACUCGGAUAUUAUGAGCAUUUAUUAUGAGAUCACUUUGAAGGGCGUGAGACAGCUCUUGAGACCAAGGAGAGCCAACAGAUCCAACAGGAAUUGAAGGCUGUGAAGAAGGAAAUUUAAGAUAUAGUGCAUGAAUUUGAGAACCAACUUAAAAAUGCUGAUGCAGAUAAGUACAAUCUGUUGCUGAAGAAAGCAGAGUCUGCAAUUGGAUCCCUUGUUGAAGCUCAUCAGCCUACUGAUGGUCUUUCUAUUGGGAAUACGGACAGUAGGUUGCAUGUACCACAGUCUGGUGAGCAAAUGUAUGUCAAGGGACUUGGGAAAAGGUUGGCUACUGUAAUUGAAACACCUGGAGAUGAUGACAUGGUCUUUCUCCAACAUGGAAAAGUCUGAGUACAUGUGAAUAAACACAGUGUAGGAGCUCUUGCAAAUACUGGUAUUAGUGGUGGAACAGCGUCUAAUCAGUCAACUUUUGGGAACACACAUUAUUCAUCAACUUCUCAAUUUGGACAUAUCAUGGAUAGUUGUUCUGAAAUUGGAUAUUAAUUGCGAGAGGAAACUAGUACUGCAUGUGGACAUUAGCUCUCGGCAUCAGUUAAACAGAAGACAAUGGGCAUUUUUUCUGCACAAUUGCCUAAAUGUUUUUCGUAUAUUUCAUAGCACAAUGCUCUCUAUUUGGGAGGCAAUGUGAUAUAUAGGUAUCAACAGACAACCUGCUACUGCAUUGUGGAAAGGCUUCUACAUUGCAUAGAUCAGCUAAUGCUUUUAACCAUUGACUGGAACAUAUAUUGCCCUGUAAUGUUUGUUUACCUCCAAAGCCAACAGUUAAACAUCCUUGCGUGCUUCACCUAA